GAGCAACUCAGCAACUGUGUUUAGUGAAUUGAAUCACUCUUUUACAACAUGAACAUUUAGUUUAGGAUGUGACCAACACUGGUGGGACAGCCACUGAAAAAGUUAUGCCUCCUGUUCUGCUGUUGUGUGUCUUCCUCUCAGUGAUUUGUCAGGCUGAUUCUGUCCCUGAGAAGCCAAAAAGGUCUGCACUGAACCAGCUGACACGCACACUGCUGCGCCACUAUGACUGCGGGGUCCGGCCCGUCAUCAACUGGACCAGUCCUACCACAGUCUACGUGGACCUCAUUCUUCAGUCUGUGCUGGACGUGGAUGGACAGAUGCAGAAAGUGACCACAAGUAUUUGGUAUCGUCAGAUCUGGAAAGACGAGUUUCUUGUAUGGGAUCCUGAAGAAUUUGAUGGAAUCACGGAAAUAUCGCUUUCCUCGGAUGCCAUCUGGGUGCCUGAUGUUAUCAUCAGUGAAUUUGUGGAUGAGGGCAAAUCUCCUGUUAUCCCAUAUGUAUAUGUCAACUCCUCUGGGAUGGUAAAGAACUACAAACCCAUACAGGUGGUCUCGGCCUGUGACUUGGAGAUUUAUGCCUUUCCUUUUGACAAGCAGAACUGCACUCUGACCUUCCGCAGCUGGCUUCACUCGGUGGCUGAGGUGGAUCUAGCUCCUUUGAGGAGCCCUGAGGAAAUUGCCCUUGACACGGAGAAGUUCAUGAACAACGGCGAAUGGGAGUUGCUCUCAGUGCUUUCGCAUUAUUGGAAGCUUAACUUGGGUAACAAGGAUUACGCCCAUGUCCAGUUUAAUGUACUAAUCCGCCGGCGCCCCCUGCUGUAUGUCGUCAGUGUGCUCAUUCCCAGCAUCUUCCUUAUGGUGGUGGAUGUUAUCAGUUUCUACCUUCCACCAAACAGUGGCACACGCAUCACCUUUAAAACCAGCAUUCUGCUUGGAUACACCGUAUUCAGGGUUAACAUGAUGGAUGAAAUUCCAGCAACAGCCAUCAAAACCCCUCUAAUUGGUGUUUUUUUCGUGGUUUGCAUGGCUCUCCUGGUGCUCAGUUUGGCCAAGUCCAUUUUUGUGGUGAAGCUGCUAUAUCACAGACAAGAAGAGGUCAAGGAGAUGUCUAUCUCUGCUUGUUUAUUGCAAAAGUAUGGGUCAACUGAGCAGACCUUCAGUGAGAGUCUUUUCACCUCAAUGAGGACGCUGGAUGACUUGGAUCAUUCAGGAGGCUAUGAGUUUGAUCUCUCGUCUGAGCCGGACCUACUGUCUCUGACAGACACCCAACCCAGCCCACCACAGCUGGAGAAAAUCCUGCAAGAGCUUACCACCCUCAAACUUUUUCUCGAGGAGGACGAGAACGACGGCAUGGCUCAGGAAGACUGGCUCGCUCUCUGUUACAGAGUGGACAAGUUGCUGUUUCGCAUUUACCUGCUGAUCUUCAUUAUUUACUCUAGCACUCUUCUGCUGCUGUGGAAUAGCUGGAGCAAAUAAAGGGACAAACACUUUGAGAAACAACAAUAAAGUGUUAUUGUCUUAGCAUUUAUUUGGUUAAAACCCAUUUUAUAUAUUUUACAU